GUACAACUUAUGUAGUGUUACGAAAACGAAACCGGAUGCGCUAGAAAUGAGAAAAUCUAGUAGACUAGUUAUUUAUUAUUUAUAUUAAUAAUUAUUUAGACUCAACGAUGCACGAGUUAUUUGCCAAAGUUCUUAAUGAGAAGGAUUUAUCAAAGGCUGGAGAUCUGUUUUCUCUGGAGGACCGGGACAUCGUGGAUGACAUCAGUACAGCGCUGGAGAAGAUAGGAGACAUAAUAAACACUGAAGAUUACGUGAACAAUGACAAUGACCAGAGUGUGGUGGAAAUCUGCAUCACCAGAGUUACAACAACCAUCAGGGAAAUGGACACCAUUGAGGACCACUCAUCAGGGCUGGUGCGCCUCCUACAGUUGUGUCAGCAACAUAAUCUGAACCCAGUCACCCAGGACAAAGAUCCUCCUCAUGCAAAAGUGGCCUCAGAUAUUAUGAGCUGUUUGUUCACACACUACAGUAAGUCUAAAGUGAUGAAAAUGGCAAUCCCGGUGGUAGUAAAUUUCCUUGGCAUUGAUAACAAGGAGUUGAGUCGUAAUGUGUCCAGUUAUCUCUCCCUGGCAGCACUGGACAAUGCUGACCUUUUGGCCAAACACAUGGAAAUCAUCCUCAAUAGUAUAUUUAGAGGAAACUAUAUCCUGAGCACAGUCCUUCCACAGAUCUAUGCACAGAAUAGCGAUCCAAUCAUAGACUGUACAGACAGACUGACAGACAUUCUGGAUCAGUGUGAUGUGUCUGAGAGAAGCAGUCUGUUCCAGGUGUUUUCCAUGGUAGCCAAAAACAAACCAAAGACCUUAGAACCACACAUUCACAAACUGUCGGAGUACCUCUCCACUUCAGUGCUAGCCCCAUUAGUCUUAGUGAUGUUUGUUGACAUGGCGAUUGCCAACCCAAAGCCUUUCGUUAGUUUUGCUCCCGUCCUGAAGGCUUCAGCAGAGAAACAGCCCAUUCAUCUGAUCCACGUCCUGCAGAUCAUGGGAGCCAUUGGUACCAUCAAUGAGGAACAAGCUCAACAGAGCAUGGCUUACUUUGUGUCCAACUUGAAUCAGACUGACCAGUCAGUACUGACCGUCAUCCUGCAGGAGGUCAAGGCCCUGAGUCUUACUCACCCUGAACUGCUGGUCGAGAACAUGGACAAAAUAAGCAAACUGUCCCAGAGUGGUUCCAGUGCGAUCCGCAUUCUUGUACAGCAGCUGAAGGAUGAUGAAAAAAAGAGAUCCAAUGCUGUAGAGAAGGAGAUGAAGUCUGUAUCCAGUCAGACAGAGGGAGCUGUGACGGUCAUUACAGUGGGAAACCCCCCAAACUCAGCCAACCCUAACGGCAUAACGGUCAGACAAGUCCACAUCCCCCCCAGCUCUAUGUCCAGUCAACAGAGUCUAGGCAAAUCAUCCAGAGCCAGUGUGUCCACAGGGCGGUACGACCGACCGGUCAGUCCGUCAUCAAUCUACACAGACAGAAUGUCCAUGAUAAGCUCUGGAACGGCCAGCAGUCAGCAUGGCCCCUCUAUUGAGUCCAUGCGUGAUGGGGUACAACAUUUCUGUGACAAACAUUUCUCUACAAUACGCAACUUUAUCAGUAACAUAUCAGCUCGCAUUCCUCUACCAGAAGUGUGCAGUGUCAUCAAUGGCCGACACAAGCGCUUUCUUAGACUGAGCUUCCUGUGUGGUGGUAAGGGAGACCAGUGUAUCUACAGCAAAUCUUAUUUCACACUCGAUACAAAGCUACCAAAAACUUGGAUCCACCUCAUGUUUCUCUCUACACAGGCCAAAGCAUCAUCAGCAUUAAGUCAGCAUGAUUACAGUAUAAGUCGCCUGAAGACAUGCUGGGACUCGCUACAGACUGACCGAUCUACAGGAAGCUUUCUAACGCUGGUCACUUCAUCCUUCCCUUCAGCAAAGGACCAGGAUAUCCUCAUCCACGAGUUGCACAGUUUUCGAUUUUUCGAUGUGUUUGAGUUUAAUGCUGCCAAGAAGUACUGGGCGUGCUUUAUGUGUAAUCAUCCUGAGAAGAUGUGGGAUCUAAUGAAGAACGGCACUCCGGUCAUCGCGGGUCAACUGAGGGAGAAGAAGGGAAGAUGGAAGUUUCUGAAGCGCUGGAAGACGAGGUAUUUCACUCUCUCUGGGACACAGAUUACGUACAGCAAAAGUGACCAGCGACACGAGACACUGCCUGUCAGUAAAAUUCAAAGCGUGAAGGCGGUGAGGAAAGGCUAUCGUGAUAUUCCGAAGGCAUUUGAGAUUUUUACAGCUGACCAGACAUACACAUUCAAGGCUAAAGGUCACCAGAACAUUGAACAGUGGGUGCAGUGUCUACAUAUUGCUGUGGCUCAAGCACAUAAGGGAGAUAACUCCAAAAAAGGGACAGGCAAAGCAGAAGUGUGUCCGUCAAGACAGGAUAACUUAGUGAUCGAAAGACCAAGGUCUGUGAUGGAUACCAAGUUAUGACGGAGUUUUAAGUUCACUGUUCCGCUCUCUGUUGACAUCUGUGUUCUGGAAUUCCUAUACUUGUACAGUCACAGGUGAUAGCAGUUUUCAUUUUAGUUAAAUAUUGCCAAAGAGUUUUACAGUUGAAGGCAGAUUAUCCACAACAUUACCUUCAGAAGGAAUAACACACCAAAAAUAUUGUAAGGGAUGUCAAGUUGAUGGUAUCAAAAGAAUUUUCAGUUUUCCUUUUUGUGCUAAAAAUUGCAAUUUUAUUGUAAAAGUCAUCCAAAAAACAUGGAAACCUCACACUGUGUAGAAACUCGUGAUUUAAUUUAAACAUAUUUUAUUCAGAAACUCGGCUCGUGAUUUAAUUUAAACAUAUUUUAUUGAGAAACUCGGCUCGUGAUUUAAUUUAAACAUAUUUUAUUGAGAAACUCAACUCGUGAUUUAAUUUAAACAUAUUUUAUUCUGAAACUCAACUCGUGAUUUAAUUUAAACAUAUUUUAUUGAGAAACUCGGCUCAUGAUUUAUAGACUGGCGGCUCCAGCCACUGAGCUAAUCAUUAAAAAUAAAAAACCUUAUCACAAUGAAUAAGGAAUAUAUUGCUGAUGUUUAUUCAUGCUUUUCCUUUUAAACUAUUGUGACGAAGUGUUAUUCCUUCUGAAUAAAUUCUACAAAGGAAACUGUUCCAACACGGUUAUUCAGCAUAUCAUGGAAGGUUUUCACAAAGAAUGUAAAUGAAACUUCUGUUAGUUCAAUCUUUUUUUUUUAUUUUCACAAUUAAUAAUUAUAUACUUGUGAAAUUUUAUACCAAGUUUUAUAAAUCACCUCCAAACCCAUUGUGAUAUCGAUAAUCUACAAAGGGAAGAAAAUCAGUCUUGUUUUGCUUGCUAGUUUCUACUGUCCUGUGCGUAUGACUCAGCAAUUUUACCUGUUUGUGGUUUAAGGUACAUUGAUGUAAUUAGUAGAUCCAUACUGAGAGAUAAGCAUUACAAUUCACGGGAUAUUGUCCUAAUAAUGUUUUACAUUCCAAAUAACGAUGCUUAGGUUACCUAAAGUCGGGUCAUUGAACUGUACACCAGUUGGUUACACACCACUGUAGUUUGGAUGGACGAGGGUGGUGGUGUCAGUUUCUUUGUUGUUGAUCUAUGAAUCUCAGAUCCUUUUCUUUUUUCUUACUGCACUAUGACCUUAUUACACUCUUUAUCCAGCAGUAUAUUUUUUUUUGUAACAUAUGAUAAAGUGAUAAUAUUGUUAAACUAAUUAAUUAUAUAAAAGUAUUUAUUCGAAUUUUAUUGUUGAAUUGUUAUACAUUUUUUUGUUGUUGUAACUUUGAAAUUUUUACUGUAGAAUAUUAAGACCCUGGCAAACAUAUCAGCUGUGUUAUAGUGUAAAUAUAUGGAGACAUGGCAUGAAGGUAAAAUCCAAACUUUAUCAUCUCUGUUCAUGCCUUUAUGACAAACUUCAUUGGAGUACAUUGUAGCUAUCAUCAUCAUAAAAUGGUCGGGACAAUUUCAUUAUAGUAUUUCCGAUUUCUGUCGAUUUGCCCUUCUAUCAUUCCAUCUUAGUUGUAGUUUUUAGAGAGUUUUUUUGUUGCUAUGGUUACAAAUGUCGAGCUGAUAUUUGUCAUGUAAUGUACACAUCAAGGUUAGAUUUCAUUCUAAAUGACCAACUUGAGCAGAGUUAUGGCCCUUGAAAUUUGAAGAAAAAAAAUUCUGUGUUUUUUUGACUGUACAUGUAUAUAGAAGAGUUACAGAUCAAAAUUUAGUUUUAUUUCAAUUGACCACAGCAGAGUCAUGACUUAAGUUUUUCAGAAUUUUCCCCCUAAGGUUGUAAAUAAUAUGAUUUUUGGCAUGUAGUUAUAAUAUUAGAUAGUUACUGAUCAAGUUUAAGCUUCAUUUAAUUUACAAUGAGCAGAGUUUGAUACAAACGUUUUAAUGCAGAAGUUCACAGGCCUCAGACAAAUAGAUGUUGACCUGAUUUUUGGAGUGAAAUGUGAUGAGUCACACAUCAAUGUGGUGUUUGGCUACUGGGCGGGGCUUUCGUGUUGUACCAAUACAUCUUGUCUUAAAAAUGCCUAGCUACCCUUAGUUAUUAGCGUAAAUCGAGUAUAAAUCAAUUUAAAUGGUAAUCUGUCUCUGAUUGCUACACGUUGUGACAACCCAGAUUGUAGGUAUAUAGAAUCUUCUUUGUUGGAUGGUUUACAUGUCGUGAACAAAACCCUCAUUUUGUACGGGGUCUUUUGUAGUGUUUUUAACUCACAAUUUUUUUUUAUGAUUGUUAUUUAGUAGAACCCAUUUUAAAGUGAUUGAAAAUAGGACACAACUCAUAAAUUCAAGUGCCAUAUUACUUACUCUGAAUUCAAAAACGACACAUGAAGUGGAUGUGCAAUAAACGAUGGAAGGUCAUUCAUACGUUUCAUUCAGGAGGUUGUUGUUUUCCCCCUACAUCACUGUGAUUUGCUUUCCCGUAGAAAACUCGUUGACAUUUACCAAACCAGCUGCAGUAUCAUGCACUGUACAUGUAGACCCCCCCCCCCUUUUUUAAUGAAACACACUGUGUUGACUGUGUAGUACAAAUUAUAUAUGUCUUUCAGUAGUGUGAUGAUAUACAGCAAUAUUUAUUAAGUUUUAUUAUACCCUUUAACAAAGUUUUUAUAUGUAUAUAUAUCAGUUGUCAUUACUAAAAUAUUUUUCUGUUUUGUAAUUAUAUAUGUAAAAUAAACUGUAAGGAAACAUUAAACAAUUUAUUUCCUUCUAGGAACACUG